AGAUAAUCCGAUAAUGAUGUGGUUACUGCGUCGUGGAUUGCGCCUAUUGCGGGGGGUGGUCCGGAACCUAACCCUCGAUAAUAAUAUCAUAUAAACGAUGUCAAUUAACACUCCUUGACAACGUCAGCAUUAUCUCUGGCAGGAUUUUAGACACAGCUCUUGUAGUUAUAUUCGUCGAACCUGUGAUCUGCUUCCCAAUAUCUGUGAAUGCUGGUCAUCAAUUAAGCUGUAACCUGUCAGAGCUUGUUUGAGCGCUGUGUUGUUCGCCCGCCUCUCUCCAUGGGCUGGUACUCAAGUAGUAUUGUAUGUAUAUAAAGAGUGGAAGAACACAUUUUCUGCACCUCACGUUCUCUGCCAUCAUGGGCCUGAAAGUGGUCGUGGUGACCUUGUGCCUCGUGGCUUUGGCCAUCGACUCUACUGAAGGUGGCAUCAGUAAAUGCUGCAUUAAAACCAGAAAGAAUGUCCCCAAACCAGUACUCAUGAAGGUCCGAAGAUGGUACAUGCAGGACAGCAGAGGCCCCUGUGACAUCGACGCUCUCGUCAUGUAUGCGGGGCCCUGGAAGAAGCCCAUUUGUGCUCAUCCCAACGUGGAGAAAGAUCUGAACAGGGUUCAGAAGAUAAAGCAGAUGAGGCUGGGAAAAGCACACUGACAAGUGGAGUAAAUGUCUCAAUGUGGCUUGAGUUACACAUAUUUUGCUUCCAUUCAUCAUUACUUCUGAUCGACAAUGGAUCCAAUUUUGGUUUUGGUACAUUCCUAUUCAUGACUGCUCCUGUUGAUAUAGCCUGGGGCUUGCAGCACUGACUUGGCUUAUUUUAGUUUUUGUGAUGCCAAACGAUCUCCCUCAUUGUUUCUGCUGGAAUCAUUUUAUUUGCAAAUUAAAAAAAACACACUGUGUUGAAUACUA